CGGUUCCUGGCGCUCACGUGACGUGUUUAUAUCCGCUGUGUAUACUACAGAUGGGUCAGACUGGAGCCUGCAGUAGUUGUGGUUCACUCAAUGAAGCAUCAUGACAUCCAAUAAGAACUUUAAAGCACCACUCAAACAGCAGCUCAGCAUGGAGAGCUACAUGCUAGAAGGCUCUCAGAAGAAGAAAAGCCUUUUGUGGCGACGACGCUCACUCAGCAAUUCUGUCAAAAAUUCAAACAAUGAUGAGACCAAAGGACGGACAUUAUCAAGGACAUGCAGUCAGCUGAGUAGAACACAUUCAACAUCUUUAGUGGAUUACACUGAUCCUCAGAGAACAGUGAUUGUAUUGGAGAAACAAGACAAUGAAGCCUUUGGAUUUGAAGUUCAGACUUACGGUCUAAAGGGCAAGAACAGUAGUAUGGUGGAGAUGUGCACAUUUGUGUGCAGCGUGCAGGAAGGCAGUGCAGCAGAAGCUGCAGGUCUGACCGCUGAUGAUAUCAUUUUGUCAGUAAACGGAAUCAGUAUUGAAGGUGCCACCCAUCAGCACAUUAUUGAGUUGAUAAGAGAAUCCACCAAUGAGCUGAAGUUGGAGACCGUCAGUGGGAGCGUUGUGAAGAGAAUUGAAUUAGAGAAAAAGAUGCAUUACCUUAAGCGAACUCUUCGUGAGAAAUGGGUGGAACUGCAAUAUAUCACACGUCAGGAAAAACUACUCACACGAGGCAAUCUGAAUGAGAAUGCUCAGCACCCAUCUGUGGACUCUCUGAUGUCUCUUUUGUCUCCCACGGGCCUCUCUGACCAGCGCUUCUCCAGCGACAGCAGCUGCCGUAGCAUAGUGACAGAUUAUAGUGAGGAUGGAGCUUUUCUGCCAUCAGUAUUUGAUGACUCAAGUCCUUUCAGCCCCACAGUGUCAAAUGAUGGCUUCUUCCAGUUAGAUCGGGGUCCUUUGCGCCCACUGAGCCGCACACGCAGCAUUAGCCUGACAAGCAGUAACAGUUCACUCUCUCCAGGCUGGGAAAACUCAUCAUCUGUGUUUGGGACAAUGCCACGGAGAGCCAGAAGAGGCAGCAUCCGUAAGCACCUGCUGAAGUUCAUACCUGGACUAAAUCACUCCGUGGAGGAAGAGGGGAACAGUUAAAAUCUAUACAACCAGUGGCUGCUGGUCUGACUGAAUUUAAAAUGACCUGAUGUCCGGAUGUCAUGAUAAUUGUGGAGCCUCUUAGCUUGAGUAAAAUGAGUGGAGUAGCACAUAAGCAUUACAAACUGCAGGGUGAAGAGCUCUAUAUUUUAUUUAAAUUCUACUGUGGAACCAAAUGCAUUAACCAUCACUUCUCAGGAAGUCUGCACGGUCAUCAAUAGCUCACAUUAAUAUUUAUAGCACAAACUGCACUGAGAGAAUAUUAUAUACAUCCUCAUUGCUUUUGUUGCCCUUAGCCAGUGGUUUAAAGUUCAGUCAUCCUGGUUAUUGAAUGUUUGUUCCCCUAUAUGUCAGUGUUUGGACAUUUUGUGGAGGGAUAGAGCUAUGCAGGUUUGACAACAGUAUUGAUUUGCAACCAACAAAAGCUUUUGAUUUCUGCGCAUCAUGGGUAACUACAAAACCAUGGACAAACUUUUUUGAAACACAAGCAGUCUAACGAAGUGGAAAGUAGACAGUUAAACUGUGCAUCAAAUUUUCAUAUGUAAAACAGAGGCACUAUGUGAAAUACAUCUUUUUAAUUCUUUUUAAGAAGUAACACAUCUGUAAAUGUUUUUCUUUAAAGGGAUAGUUCAAAAAAAAUAUUUUAAAUUUAAGUCAUACGGGUAUGAUGAUAACUGAAUUUUUUAUUUUUGGUGAACUAUUACUUUUACUUGAGAUUCGCUCAAGCCUUUAAAUCUUUGACUAUAUGUAAAAGAACAGAUGUAAAAGCAGCCGUCGUUAUGUGAUGUGGAAGUUACAGACAUAGUUUCUAUUUUGUCAGAGCUAUUAAGCACCUUUCCUCAGCUGAUCACGAUCGUUUUUAUUCAAAAUAUAUUUUAUAUAAAAUAUGUAAAACCAUGCAUUCAUAAAAUUUGAAUGAACUUACAAUGUUGAGCCAAACAGUCAUCACUGAAGUGAUUCAAACAACUCCAGUAGGUAAAUAAAUACCUUCUGAAAUGAAAUGAUGAGAGUGAGUUGUAAGAAAGUUGUUGUGAAAUGCUAAACGUAUGUUUGAAAAUCAAAGACGUCACUACUUAAAUUAGAUAUGGCGGCAAAUUGAUCAAUUAAAUAUAAUUAGUUGUUGUAUGAUUAUGUUAAAUAUGAUUAAAGCUUAGUUGUAAUGAGGGUGUAUGUGCUCUUUGGAUUAUCAACGUUUUAGAUAAUCAACAUCAACUUCCAUUAAAUGAACACACAAAGACAGCACAUUUUUAAGAAAUUCUUUGUGUUCAGCUGAAAAGAAGAACGUCUGAUACAUCUGGAAUGGCACAAAGAAUUGAAUUUUUUUUGUGAACUAUUCCUUUAAACUGAUGUUGUCAAAUACUGUAACUGUGUGAUCAGUCUCUGUGUGUCAAAACUUCAAACCACAGAGGUAUAGAAAAGAUCUUCAUAACAGGAUGUGGUCUGAUACAGGUGCUACCUUACAAACUAUUUUCACGUACUAGAGUGAUCUAUAUAACGGACAGUUUCACAUAAAACUGAAUGUAAAUACAUGUAUAAACAUUUUUACAUUUAAAACAAUUUUUGUGAAGGACAUUCAUGUUUUGUUUGUGCUAGGUAGAAAUAAAAGAAAAGAUAGAUACAGA